UUUUUUUUCUCUUUUUUUUCUGUUGGAAAGACAGAAGGAUGGUCGGGAAAAAACGCUUGGAAUGAAUUUUUAUGCCUUCGUCGGAUACUUCUGUAGUCUGGAACUAACAAGAAGUCUUCCUGUUAACGGGGCGAUCUAACAUACAGACUAUAUAGGAUAGAAUUAUUGUGAUUUAAAACAAAGAGCAAAAGAAAAAAAAAUCACAACUGUGUUGAGGGUUUUCAUCAUGAGUGUCCUGCCUCCCGUGCGCAAGGACCGCGUCAUUAGCCAGCUUCCUAAGUGCUUCAGUAAAGGGGCUGCAUUACACACAGAAGGUGGCUUUAAUGCCAAAGUGAAGACUGCUUGCCAGGAGCAGAGAACUGGCACUGUGGGGUUUAAGAUCUCCAAGGUUAUUGUAGUGGGAGACUUGGCUGUAGGAAAGACGUGUCUGAUUAAUAGAUUUUGCAAAGAUGCCUUUGACAAGAAUUACAAAGCUACUAUUGGUGUAGACUUUGAGAUGGAGAGGUUUGAGGUGCUUGGAGUUCCGUUCAGCCUCCAGCUGUGGGACACUGCAGGACAGGAAAGGUUCAAGUGCAUCGCUUCCACAUACUACAGAGGGGCUCAGGCGGUAAUAAUUGUUUUUGAUUUGACUGAUGUGGCCUCGCUCCAACAUACUUGGCAAUGGCUGGAGGAUGCUAUGAAAGAGAACGACCCCACCAGUGUCUUACUCUUUUUGGUAGGCACAAAGAAAGAUCUGAUUCCCCCGGCACAGUAUUCUCUUAUUGAACAGGACGCUAUUAAAGUGGCUCAGGAGAUGAAGGCGGAGUACUGGGCUGUGUCUGCUUUGUCUGGGGAAAACGUGAGGGAGUUUUUCUUCCGUGUGGCAUCACUGACGUUUGAGAACAGCGUGUUGGCAGAGCUGGAAAAAGGCAGCUCCAGGUGCAUUGGGGAUGUUGUCAAAAUCAGCAGCAACACGAGUAACAUGUAUGCAACUUCUAAAAAGAAACAUCCAAGCUGCUGUCAGUAAAGGGAGAGAAAACCUGAGAAUUCUGCACUGAAUGAACUGAUGCAAAAAACUGAUACCAAAGCAGACACUAUAGGUACAGAUGAACAAGGGAGACUAGAAAGUGUUAAAAACACUGUACUUAGGACAGGUUCCUCUGUAGUAUGUUGUACUUGUCUUUUUAAUUUUUUCUAUGCACAUCGGUUGCGUUGCCUUCAUUAGUGUUAGAUGUUUCAGAAUGAUCAUCAUAUUAUGGCAAUCAUAAGCAUCAGGUUUAUGAAUUCUUUAGUUUACAUGUCAGUUUAAGAUCAUGCUGUAUUGCACAAUUAAUGAACCUGAUGUAUUUUUAAUAUUAAAAAUAGUUGCAAUAAAAUCAGUAGUAUUAACUACACUAUCAGAAACUUUUAUACACAUUUAUACAGGAGAUUUGUUCUGGUUUAUACAGUAACAAUUUCUAGCUUGUGUUUUUUUAUGCUAUCGUUAUACAUGUUCUUGUUACAUGUUAUUGUAUACUAUGCUUUCAAAUUUGUUUUAAAUUAAAAUCUGCUAAAGUGUU